AUGGUUUUGGCGCGUAAAUACAUAUUGUCUAGGCAUUUUAAAGGCCUCCCCAAGGCAGACGAUCUGAAGUUGGUCGAAGAAGAACUGCCGCCCCUAAAAGAAGGACAAUUUUUAUCAGAAGCAGUAUAUUUUAGCGUUGACCCCUUUUUGCGUGCCUAUAAUCCCUUACAGCCUUUAGGAUCAACCAUGCUGGGAAAUCAAGUGGCUAAAAUUAUUAAGAGCAAAAAUUCUAAAUAUCCUGAAGGAAAAUACAUUUACGGCGCUUACGGUUGGAGAACCCACACGAUAGGCCCUAAGCAAUUGGAAGAAGAUGCCCUGGGCUAUAAAGAGCAAGAAUACCUUCUCCCUGAUUUCGGUAAUCUUCCCUUGUCAUUGGGGCUGGGUAUGUUAGGAAUGCCAGGAAACACUGCAUAUUUUGGAUUUCUUGAGCUUUGUAAGCCGAAAGAAGGAGAAACUGUUGUUGUGACAGCGGCUGCAGGAGCUAUUGGAAGUCAUGUUGGCCAAAUUGCCAAAAUCAAGAAAUGUAGAGUAAUCGGCAUUGCAGGAUCAGACGAAAAAGGAAAGUGGCUGACCGAAGAACUUGGUUUCGAUAGUUUUAUCAACUACAAGAAACCAGGACUACUAGAAAACCUUAAAGCAGCCGCUCCUAAUGGAAUCGAUUGCUAUUUUGAUAAUGUCGGAGGGGAAAUCAGUAGCAUUGUCAUAAGUCAAAUGAACAGUUUUGGGCGUAUUGCAGUAUGUGGUGCUAUAACAUCUUAUAAUAGUGACAUUACCAAUAUGCCAAAAGCUACUAUGAUUCAAGGAUUUUUAAUUCUCAAGCAACUAAAACUAGAAGGAUAUUACGUAUUCAGGUGGAUUGAUAGGUGGAUGGAAGGAAUUAAUCAGAAUUUACAAUGGAUUAAGGAAGGAAAGUUAAAAUAUCGUGAAACUGUAACUGAAGGAUUUGAAAAUCUGCUCCCUGCUCUUAUUGAUUUGCUAAACGGCGGAAACGUGGGAAAAGCAAUCGUGAAAGCUUGAAAUUAAUCAUUUAUUGUUGUUAUUUCACUUAUCACCUUUUCAAUAUCAUAUUUUCCAAUCCUACUUCAGUAUUAAAUACGCCUUUUUUGGAAAUAAAGAUUUUUUUGUAUCGUC